CCAACAGCACUCACUCACACACAAAGCACAACACCAUCCAACCUUUUUUCCCGUAACGCGCCUAAGAUCCUCUCUCUCUCUCUCCGCUCUUAUUCCUUCAACAACCCCCCUUUCCCUUACCUUCAGUCUCUGUCUUCUCCUUCUCCAUCUUUGACACGCUUUCUCUGAGUUCAUACCUCCUCCACAUCUCCAAUCGCUGCAAUAACCAAAUAUAAAAGAUUGGGAUUUUUUCAGAGGGUCUUAUCAUCUACCAGAUCUAACGCAGACGCCCAUCUCAGCCACAGAAUAGACCCUUCUUUCUGGCUCUCGUUCUCAUCGGAUAGAUCCAAACCCAGAAAGGAUAAAGUGAAAACAAUGUCACAGGCUUUCUCAGAUGACAAUUUCAUCGACCACUUCGACCGAUUACCGGACUCCCUCCUCCUCCUCGUCUUCAACAAGAUCGGAGACGUGAAGGCUCUCGGCCGCUGCUGCGUGGUGUCGCGGCGCUUCCAUUCGCUUGUUCCGCAGGUCGAGAACGUGGUGGUGCGGGUCGACUGCGUUAUCUCCGACGAUGACUCGUCCUCUUCCUCUUCCCCUUCUUCGGCUGAGAAAUCGCGCAAUCCCUUUUCCAAUCUCUUCCGCUUCGUCUUCUUGGGCACCAUCGUCAAGCCCUUCCAGUUUCUGACCCAGUUCCUUGGCGGACCCAAGAGGGUCUCGUCGUCUUCCGGGUCGCCGGGCUCUUCCUCGUCGCUGUCCCUCGCCGAUGACGGAGACUCCGACCAGGGCGCCGUGACCCAUCACUCACCGACCCAGGUCCUCAAAAACUUCGAAGAGGUUCGGUUCCUCCGGAUCGAGCUUCCCAGCGGCGAGCUGGGCAUCGAAGACGGUGUUUUGCUCAAGUGGAGGGCCGAUUUCGGGUCCACGCUCGACAAUUGCGUGAUUCUCGGUGCGUCGUCGGUGGUCCUCAAGGCGAAGAUUCCGAACGACAAUGCCACAGAUGGGUCUUGCGCGAAUAGCAAUGGAAGUGACGAUAACGGAAGCAUACCCGAGUCGUUUUACACGAAUGGGGGUCUGAAACUGCGCGUAGUUUGGACGAUCAGCUCGUUGAUCGCGGCCUCGGCGAGGCACUACUUGCUCCAGCCGAUCAUUUCGGAACACAAAACGCUGGACAAUCUGGUGCUGACAGACGCGGAUGGGCAGGGCGUUUUAUGCAUGAACAGGGACCAGCUCGAGGAGCUGAGGGUGAAGCCCCUCUCGGCCUCAUCGGCGUCGAAGAGGACCCAAGUGCCUGCGCUCAACAUGCGGCUCUGGUACGCGCCGCACCUGGAGCUGCCCGGUGGGAUGGUUCUGAAGGGCGCGACGCUGGUGGCAAUUCGGCCGAGUGAGCAGUCGGUGGUUAGGAAGGAGGUGUCCGAUGUGUCGUGGGUUUCGACGGCCUUUGAGGAGCCCUACGGAACUGCGGCGAAGAUGCUGGUGAAGAGGCGGACUUACUGUCUUGAGAUGAACUCCUUCUGAAUGCGAGCGAUGGGAUCUGAGGGUUUUCCAGGGAAAGCACAAUCAUUCAAGAGGUGGUGGAAUUUACUUGUUUUUGGCAAAGAAAGAAUUAGAAGACACAAUUUUGCGUUGCGAGUAUCUCAAGUUGGGUGCCAAUCCAUCUUGCUUUGAACUGCCACUGAAACACCAAUCCUUGCUUAUUAAACACGCGCUGCUAAUCUCUCACCCCUGGUGCUUGAGGUGAUGGUGGAACUGCAUCUGCUGGUGUUUUAAAUUUAAGGCAUGUGCUUGUAAGAGUGCAAACAUGCAACUAAAUGCUGUUGUAAGAUCUUUCAGUUUGUAGUCAUUUACUUUCUUCAAUCGUCUCUCUGUAUGUGAAUAUUGUAGGUACAAAUACGUUAUGCUCCUGUUAUACUUAUAGAGCAAUGUACUGUGCUUUAUGCUUCAAAUGAUUUACAGUUUAAAUCA